AAUAAAUCGUCGUUUAUAAAACAAAAAUCCAUUUCUAUUUUAGACCAAAAUUUACUAAUUGUAUAUGAAAUUUGUUUAUGUAGCUAUUUAAUUUCAUGUUUUUUAAUGAGUACACACAAAAAUCUCUUAUAACAUGUGAGAUACAAAAAAUCAACGAAAAUUUAGGUCAAUUCUGAUCAGCUAAAGCACUCUAUGGUUAGUGCAAAAACUCCUUCGUUAUUUUUUGAUAAAUGAAAUUGAAUUAACUUUUUACAGUGAGAUGCUUUUCUUUCAUCCGGGUCAAAUUUAUAUAACUAUAGCUAAUCUUGGAAUGAAAGUCUCGUAUACAUUUAAUAAACAGAAGAAAAAAGGAGAAUGUUUUGACGACAGUUUUAAUUGCCUUGGUGUAUGGUACCCACAAGUAAACAAAAAAGAAAACAAAGAGGUGGCCCUUGUCCCAAAAUUUACCGCAGCCUUCAAAGUGUGAUAAAUAUUUUCUUAAAAUAUUUCUCGCAAACCAAAACUUUUUUACGUACUUGCAAAAUAAAGAUCGCUUUUUUUUUAUAUAUAUAUACAAGUUGUUUGUGUGUAAUUCACCGUCAAAGCUACAUACGAAGCAACAAAGGUAUAUAAUACACAAAAAUCACUAUGAUUUUGGCGAGGUCAAUACAACCAAUUUUUCAUGGUAAUCGUUUGAAGUCGGUAUUAUUUAUAAAGAAGAAUUUUAUAUAUACGAUUAGCUCAGCAACUAGUUUCCAAAAAAAGCCGUCCUCGUUCGUAAGUUCCGGAAAUCUUGAUCAUCCAGAUGCAGGAGAAGAUGCCUUUAGUAAUCUAGAAAACUCAAAAUAUGCUUUCAACGUUGUAUUAGAUGGGGUCGGUGGUUGGACAAAUAUUGGUAUAGACCCAUCAAAGUUCUCUUGGGGAUUAAUCCGAGAACUUGAGAAGGAAUUCAAAAAGUUUGGCAAUAAGUUUCCUGACCCCCUUUCUGUUAUGACUAACGCCUUUGAUUCUUUAAAAAAAAGCAAGAGUAUAAGAGCUGGCUCCUCGACAGCAUGCGCCACACUUUUUGACAAGCAAUCAGGUAAACUUCAUUCUCUAAAUUUGGGUGAUUCUGGUUUCUUAAUCCUUCGUGACGGAUCAAUAUUGUAUGAAUCAACUCCUCAAGUUCUUCAAUUUAAUAUGCCCUAUCAACUUGCUAUUUACCCGUCUUCUUACUCAUCGAGGGAUGAAAUUACUCCCAAUAUGAGUGACUUAACUCAACAUCAACUACAGAAUGGAGACUUGAUUAUACUAGCUACAGACGGAGUGUUCGACAAUCUAGAUUCAGAGUCACUUCGGCAAGUUGCUGAGAAGGUUUUAUCAAAUAAUACUAAAAAUGAAAACUCUACAAGAAUUUUGGCUGAUUCCAUUUGCAAGACUGCUGUCACAAAUUCCAAAAAUACCAAAUGGGAUUCACCGUUUUCUAAAGCAGCAAGGAGUUAUGGAUUUCAGUAUCGUGGCGGAAAAGUCGAUGACACUACGACAACAUGCAUGCUCGUGAAAGAGGUUCAAAGUUGAAUCUGUUUGCAGACGUAAUAAAUCGGCUUUUGCUAAACUUUAUUCCAAAUCUUCGGGUCCAAAGGAAUCUGGGAGCAGCUUGAACAGAAGUUAGUUUCAUCUCAACUGAACUCGUAUCACGAACCUCUGCAAUUGAUUUCGUCUGAAAAGUACCAUCAGGAUUAAACAGAAAGAUAUCAAUAUCCUUGGAAAAUUCGCGAAUUCUGUUAGCUGUAAAUACAUUUGUAAAAUUGCUUGAAUUUACUUACACUUGACGACAAAUACCGCAUGGAGUAACUCUUCCUUUGUCGCUCAUAACUCCUAACGCCAUAAAACGUUUCCUUCCCAUACUCUAUAUAUAUUUUUUGUCAAUUGAAAUUUUUGUCUAGUUAUACUUACCACUGCUUUCGUUAUAGCAACUCGCUCAGCACAUACGCCAGCGCCAUAAGAUGCGUUCUCAACUAUAACGUAAGUUAAAUUCUUUUGAGGAGAUUACUUACCGUUUGCACCGUACACGAAAGUUUUUCCAUCUUCACAUAAUACACAAGCUCCUACUGCAAACUUUGAAUAUGGACAGUAGGAAAAAUCUAAGCUGAGCUUUACAUGCUCAAACAAACGUUCUAUAAGUUCCUGAUUCAUUAUUCACAAAAUUUCGGCCCCUUUUUAUUUAAUAAAAGAAAAAAAAAAAAAUUGUGCAGAGUAUUCAUUCAUUUCUCACAUUAUCAACAUUUAUACUAUAAGCUUUGAUAAAAAAAAUGGGUAGAUGAAAUCAAUAUCCGCGGUGUACCAGCGGCUUUACCGGACUCUACUCCUUUAGUUGAAAUUACACAAAAACAAGAACAAAAAUAUUAAUUCCUUAAAAGAAACGCAUAAAAAAGGCUUAAAAACCCACCAAAAACCUUUUAUUAAAAUAUUAUAUAUAUAAAAGACAAAAUUAAAAUCACCGCUCUUUAAGCGUUUUGUUGCGCUUUUCUCUGCGUCUCCGACGAUCAAUGACCUUUUGAUGAAGCUUAGCUUGCAAAAGCUCCAUUCGUUCUUUUUCAGCUUUAGCUUCGCGGCGUGCACGAAUCCUCUGAGCAUGUGCCUAAAAACUUAGUUAAUAUAAGUCGAAAAUUUUAUAGAUCAUUUUACUUACAGAUCUCUCCUCGUCUUUUUCUUCUUUUAAUUUCCUUUCGCGCUCUUUUAUUUCGUCUAUCUUUCUUUUCUCUUCCAUUCGUUUCUCAUAUGAAGAUUUUUGUGUACCAGAUAAUCCUGACCUACGAUAUGCCGAUUUCUCCGCUUUCCAAGGUUUCCCUGUUUGUUAGACGCGCUCAAUUCCCAAAAAAAACUCAUUCUUUAUACCUGAAACAAUACUUUUUCCUGCCAUUCUGUAUUUGGUUAUGGUUAGGUGUUGAAAGAUUUAUUAUUCAAUAUAGCUUCAACCUCACUAGAAUUCGUUAAAUGCUAUUUUGUAUGUAUAUAUCUAUUUGUUCACAAUUUGGAUUGCAGUACAAUCAUAUUGAAACAAAGUGUGUGUGACAUGUUCCUAUAGAAUUGAAUGCUUUAUUUUCGAAAGAGAUAAUUUUUUAUAGAUAAAUUUUGAUAGCAGUCUUUGCUGCCAAGUUAAUCUUCUUGGUGUACCAUUGUAAGAGAAUUU